UCCGCCAUUUCAGUUUGAGAGUUGGAUGUGUUGAACGAAACAGGUUAUAUUUUAACAAAGAAAUUAGUUUAGAGAAGAAGAACGAGUUUGCAAGUUAGUUGUUGCUGCUUUUGGGGGAAAAUAAAAAGGGGUUUUUUGUUUUUAUUUUUUAGAAAGCGGGUGUAAAAGUGAAGUGGCUCGAUGUUCAGUGUUUUCCGAGCAGGAGCUUUCUGUGGGAGCUGAAGUUUUUGUAUGAGUUGAGUCUACGGACUUAAGUUGGAGUGAGAAGAAGAAGAAGAAAGGCCUGGAAGAAACCCUUUGGGUUGGCCUGAAUUCAGUCAUGGCUGGUCAUUUUGACGCUGAGGACCGUGAUAGCUGGUACUGGGGACCUAUGAACCGUAAAGACGCUGUGUCGCUGCUGCAGGGCCAGAGGCACGGAAUGUUCCUGGUUAGAGACUCGACUACCAGUAAAGGAGACUAUGUGCUUUCGGUGUCGGAAAACUCCAAAGUUUCACAUUAUAUCAUCAACAGUGGAAGCAACAACCGACAAUCUGGAACAGGUCCUGCGCCAUCUCGAUUCCGGAUUGGUGACCAGGAAUUUGAUACACUCCCAGGCCUGCUGGAAUUCUACAAGAUCCAUUAUCUGGAUACCACAACGCUCAUUGAACCAGUCGCGGCACGUUCCAAGCACAGCAGCCUGAUCGGACCAUCGCCCACCGGUGUCCCAGCGAGGCAAGAAGAGGCCGAGUAUGUGCGUGCACUCUUUGACUUCCCCGGCAGCGACGAGGAGGACUUGCCUUUCCGCAAAGGUGACGUGCUGCGUGUGCUCGAGAAGACUGAGGAGCAAUGGUGGAGCGCUCAGAAUGCCGACGGGCGCAAAGGCUUGAUCCCUGUGCCCUAUAUAGAGAGAUACAGACCUGCCUCGCCAACCUCUGUAGGUGGAGGUCCUGUAGGGCAGGCGGUGGCUGCUGUCACCGCUCUGGAUGACAACGGAGCUCUGGUUCCUAGCAAGCUGGAUUACGCCCAUCCUGUGGUCAACACGCCGCUGCCCAACCUCCAGAACGGGCCUGUGUACGCCAAAGCCAUCCAGAAGAGGGUGCCCAAUGCAUACGACAAGACUGCCCUCGCACUCGAGGUGGGUGACUUGGUGACGGUAACGAAGAUCAACGUGAAUGGCCAGUGGGAAGGCGAGUGCAAGGGCAAGAAAGGCCACUUCCCGUUCACACACGUCCGCCUGCUCGACCAGCAACAGCUUGAGGAAGACAGCUGAGACACACGCACACACACUCACACUGCUCCAGUUCUCUCCACUCAACCCGUUGGAUUUUUUUUUUUUGUGUGUCUACGUAAAAAUUGCUAAAUCUAAAAACCAGCCCUGGCCACAUCAAUACUGAACAAUCUCCACACUGCAAACACACACCGAUAUCAAACUUCACUUAUCACACAAUCAUGAAACCAUAGUGUAGUGCGUGUGCUACAGAGCACCAUGUAAUGAGACUCACAGAUUGGCACAGAUUAGUCAUAACAACAGUGCCUGGUGAAUGAAUUCAUAUGGAGUAGGAACUUUUGGAUGAAGAGAUCGACUGCCACAAGCCUGCUGCGUGUGAGAGAGAGAAGGGGAAACGGUCUUUCUCAUCUUCAAACAAAUGCUAAAUGUGGACAGUCCUCACCUAGAGCAACGUUCUGAUGUGGUACUGAUGCUAUCAGUCACCCUCCAUACUGAGAUACAGAAACUAUGAUGAUGGGGGGGGAAAUGUGCCAUUACAUGUUAAAUUUAUCCCUGUGUUAAUGUUCUACUUCUGAUUUCUUUCAACACUUUUUGUUACAUUAAUAUUUUACCCUUUUUUCAUUCCUGACUCGAUGCAUUUCCACAAAAUUCUUUCUUUCAGAAAUACUUGUUUGCUAAUAGGAACUUGUCUCAAAGGAAAAAAAAAAAAAUGGAAUUCCUCAGGAAAUGCUGGGACUUCACAUUCCAAGAUUUUUUUUUUUUUGUAGGAAUGGAAGAACUCGUGAUACUGACAGAGUUUAGGAAAAGCUUCUCUUUUUUUCCCCCCUUCCUUUGUUCACAUCCAUCCAUCAUUCAUUCCAAAAGAAACUGGCCAUGUCUGCUCUGUCAGAAACUGACCACACCCACACACUUGCACAGAAACUCUGACCAUGCCUGCUUAUAGAUGACUUGCAGCCACUUGAUCAAAAUGUGCUGCGUCCUGAGCGUCCACCAUGAUGGUGGAUAUACAAAGCAACUAGGAUGGCAGCCGCUGAAGGCGUGUCUGUAAACAAUGCUGAAUUUUCUCACUUUUCCCAAGAUUUGAACGCUCGAGCGAAGAUUUGAUACAAAGAGAAGAUAGAUAUGUGUGGGUUUUGGCCCAUGUUAUUUAAAAAAGUCAGACUUUUCUGAAGAUAAGACGCUUCUACUGACCAUUGAGUACCCAGAUAUCACGUUCUGUCUGGUUUGGCUGCCGAAGAAUCAAGUCAAGUCCGACCUUGGCCGAAACACAGCCCAUGUUCUGAGUGGGUGCCCAGUCUGGAUUGUUUCUAUCGUAUAAUUUUGCUGGCGCUCCUAGAAGCGAAACGGUAAUACACGUGUUAAAAUUGGAACAACGACCGAGUGAACCACAACAAGAGAGAACGCUCAUUUUAUAGCAAAAUUCUAGCAUCACGAAAUAAAAUUCUUCCAUGAUGAUAUUGAGAGAGCUUUUGAAUCUGACCUGAGAUAAAAUGAUGACUGCAAACACGAGCUGUUUUGGUUUUCGCCUCUGUUAGAUCAGCCCUUCUGAUGUUGUUCAGCCGUGCUCGUCUCCUCUCCGUACUAAGCCUCAGAGUUUCCUCGCCCUCUUUCCGAAUCACAGACAGAAUUCUAAAAAUUUGGAACGUGCUCCGGUCACGAGUACUGUUGUGACCACGACCAUAUACAGCACAAAGAUAUGGCAGAGCUAAAAGAACGCUUAAAGCAGUGGAAAAACAAAGAGAGUUGCGAACGGCACGCGUGAAUGUUUGGUUUGUAUGGAAUGUUGCUUGACCCCGCAUUUGUAUCUCCACCAACAUGGCCGAGAUCCGGGUUUCUAUUUUGCUUUGACGUGACUUGCAAGUCAAGGAUUGCCACAAAAACUGACCACGCCCACACGCUCCCUCAUGCCUGCCCAUCUGCUAAGAAACUGACCACGCCCACCUACUCCCUCAGAAACCCUGACAACGCCCAUUCACUGACACAAAAACUGAUAAUGCCCGCCUGCUCCAUCGAGUCUACCUGCUAUCCUGGAAACUGACCACGCCCACCUACUCCCUCAGAAACUCUGACAAUGCCCAUUCACGGACACAUAAACUGAUAAUGCCUGCCUGCUCCAUCACGUCUACCUGUGAUCAUGGAAACCGACCACGCCCACCUUCUACCUCAGAAACUGCGCACUCCCACCCACUUCCACAAAAACUGACCACACCCCUUUCUUCCUUCUCGCCUGCCUAGUCUCACAGAAACAGACUGCAUCCAUUUGCUCCCACAGAAACUUUGAUCAUGUCUAUCCACUUCCACAAAAACUGACCACGCCCACUCACUCCAUUACAUGGCGUUUAGCAGUCACUCUUAUCGAGAGCGACGUACAAGAAGUGCCAAAGUCAGAAACACAAAGUGCUGAACUUCUAGACAAGAAAGUUCUAGCGCUAACUGAACAAGUGGCAAAAUAACAUUCUGUUGAGCUCCUGUAGAAACACUCUUUCUGACCGUUUGCAUAUCCACACUAUUUCAUUUCCUUGCAUUUGCCCCUGGUGUAAUCCUUCUAGGCCAUAAAAUCAGAUCCACAGACGAGCUCUACUAACCUAUAACUUUGAAUCUCAUCUCCCAGCACUAGUGAGCACACUUUAAAAGCAACUAUAGAAUCUAACAUUUCAGGUUUACGAUUUCACAUAUCACCAGCACCGUUUUUAAGUAGGUGUUUGAGUCCCCACUGUGAGCAAUAACAUUUAUUCUGCCUUAUUAGGGACCUUUCUGUGAGCUACAGCAGCUCUAAAGCAAGGCAGUACAGAUGGACACAGACAGGUGGAGCAUGAGGGGUGUCACUGCUGUCUUGCUCUAUCUGCUGAGUAAGUGACAUAAAAAGACCACCACACGGUCACGAACAGAUCCGAACGUUCACUUGUCACAUCGUUUGUUUUUGUUGGAACAGGUCCUUUACUAAAGAGUUUGGAUUACACGGAUUAUGAUCAGGAACGGCUCGUUAAGAGCUCAGGAGUGAAUUGGAGCGAUAAGCUAUAAUUACAGGACUUCUGUUAGUUUAGGAUGUUUAAAUAUCGCUGUACGGAGUCUUCUUGGAGGUCUGAUACGGGGUUUAAAUAUUCAAAUCAGAAUUUGAAUAUUCUUUUGAAUUUGUCUCGUACCAAAUUGAAUUUUUGUGGUUUGCAUAAAAGCGAGAAAGUCAGAACGUAGUACGCAGUCAGUUCAAUUAAUUUCUAAAAAGCUUAUAGUUGCUCCUGUUAUGUCACAUUAUUAGAUUUUGCUUUAAUAGUAAAGUCCAUUUCUGUCUACACACACAGGAGCAUAUUGCAAUACAGUAAGCUGCAGAAAAAUUAUAUCGUUCAUAUUUAGAUUUUUGCAUUUAAGUUCAGCUUUCUAAUGACAUGAUAGAGGCAAAUUCUUUCUAAACCAUUCCGUGAGAGAAAGCAACAACCCUAAAUUAGGAAUGAUCAAAGCAAUUUUGUGUUGUGUAUAGAGUAGAGUGGGGGAAAAAGCCCCCCUUAAGGAAAAUUCAGUUUUUCUCCAAGUUGAAAUGAACCAUGUGUUUAGUUUUAAUCAUAGUUUUGACAACAGUGACAUGAACAAUAAUGCCACCUAAAGUUUGCCUAAAGUUAAUACUUAAAUUUUUUUUUUUUAACAAAAACAAACAUUGUGCCAAGGGGGCCUUUUACCCCCCCAGUCGGGUAAAAGGCCCCCUGAGGUGGGGCAAUAGGCUCCCCUCACUCAAAAAAAGCUGUUUGGAUAGCAAAAGUGUUUACUUAAGCCUAUAAUGUGAAAGAAACAAGAAAAUAUCCCUGAAUUAAUGAAUAGAUGCAUUAUUUUAUUAUAUUUUGCAUUUUAAUUUCAAAUUUUUUUUAAAUUUCAAUUAUUUUUAAUAUUAAGUUCAAAUUACUUGCUUUACUCAACCAGGUAAGCGAGAUGUUAUUAAAAACUAUGUAUCUGCUAUUCAGAAAUGUAUGAAAUACAGUAAUUAUGAUAAAAGGAAACGAUGCCCCCUGGGGGCCAUUUACCCCGCCAUUAAGGGGGCGUUUUACCCCACAGACUACUUUUACAAAAAAGGGUCUUACUUUCAAAAUGUGAUUCAACUUUUGAUACCUAAUGUAUUUUUUUUUUUUACAUACUGACUUGUCUACUCAUACCACAUACACAGCUGUGAUAUCUGACGAAAUAGCAGCUAUCUAAAUACAGUUUUACUGAUAUCCGAAAAUUAUAUCACUUACCAUGAAAUUUGAUUUCUCUCCGCUGCGUUGCUGAUAUGCGAUCCACAGUGGAUAUUUGUAUAUCCCCGUUGUCAAGCCAGCCCAUAGCAACAAUAGAAAUGUAACUUUGCGCCAUCUGGUGGUUAUUUUGGGUAAAACAGGCCGGGGGCGUAUUACCCCACGGGGGCUUUUUCCCCACUCUAUAGCUGACAUUUCGUGGCAUGUAGCGCGUCCUCUGAUUGUAAUUGUUUUUAAAGCGGUUUUAUGAGCUGAUGGGUGUUUAUUUGCCUAAAUGAAUUUCAGUGUUUGCGACUGCUCGAGUAGGGCCUAUUCACACGCAGCAGUGUUUAUGGCUUUAUUAUUUCUAUACAGUAUUGCGUGCUGUUGACAUUCAGGACACUACAGAGGUUGAGCACGUGCCAGACGCCGCCCCGUAACAGCUAUGCAGCUGCAUACGUCAUUUGCAUAUCAUCACAUACGGAUAUGAGUAACGCGUGUUAUAAUAGACGUGUCGAUGCUGGUUUUAAUUUUCCCACAAUACGUCCGAUUAAAACUCAGGUCAAUCCUGUUUAGUCCUGAGAAAUCACAUUAGCAUGGCUGUAGAGUCUCCCAGAAGGCAUUGCGAUUUAUUGUAGUUUUUUUUUCUUUUUUUAAAUAUAAAUAGAGACUUGCAGAGACUCUGUUAACCACUUCCUGUUGUAAUACAAGUGACCACUUGACCUAGCGAUAUAGCUGGUAUGCAUUUCAUGCACAGUAAUAAGAGGAAGUGGGUGAUGGGGCAUUAAAAAGAGUACAAAACUGUGGUUUGGAUGAUGGUAUGAUAUGACAUGACAUCACGCUAUGCUUAUCUGGGCUUUAUGAGUGUCAUCAGAUAUCAACACUCCUGUAACGAGUAACCAGUUAGACCUUUUUGUUGUUCCAUUUCCCUGUUCAUGCUUCAUUUUUGUACAUUUUGUAAAUAGUAAAAAAUUUAUGACCGUAGCAUUUUCAUAAUGCGUUUGCAUUUUGUUCAUACGUCAGCAGAGUUCAGUUGCGUUGCGUAGUGUUAAUUGUGGAAAAAGCAUCAUGGUACAUAAUAAUUUCAACCGGUCCUGAAUAAAUACACACAGGAUGUUGAGUCACAUCAGCUUUUUAAUCCACUUAUUGAAAAUGCAAUGCUUAUUAAACCACUUAUUGAAAUUACUUUAAUAUUCUGAGGUGUUUUUCCUGAAGUCGAAGAGUAAUGAUGAUUUCCCCUGAUUAGCAGGAGGUUAAUCAGUGAUUCACUCUCUUUAUACCACUGUUUCAAUUAUUUUAUUUACAUGUCCGUUGUCAGACUUGCGUACUCGUUGUAACUUGGGCUCUUUGUCCUUCACUUGUCCUGACGAAAAGGGUAGAUACUGUACUGAGAAAUUAAUGCUUUGAAUAUUAAACACGAGAAAAGAGACCGGCAAAACUGAAGAGACCAUUCUGUUUGUUUAAAAAGACAGAAAUGCUCGUCUACACAAAUGUGUAUUUGUAUGCUUUGGACUGAAAGGGGGUUAUAUGUAUGUAGUAAAAGUUAGUUUCUAGAAAACCAGGAUGUUUCAGACAGAAGUCCUUCGUCAACAAAAUUCUUCUACAUUUUUCUGUUUGUCCAAAUGUCCAGUUUUUCUAGCUUUUAUUGCAUUUACAUUGCGACGUGUGUGUAUAUGUAUACUGUGUAUAUAUACACACCCAUUUCUUUCUUUUUAAAUAGCAUAGGAAACAUUCUCCAGCUUCCAGCAAGUCUCAGGCUAAUCACAUGUGUUCUUGAUGUCAUCUUGCACGUUUUACUAAAUACUAAUAAUUUGGUUAAACAGGAUGAAAGUGUCUUGGAAAUGCCACCUUCCGGUGCGAUCCAUCAUAUACAGUUUUAAUUACGUUUACAGUAUUUCAUCCUUCCUUCAACAGACUUUUCUUCCCAAAGUGGAUGAUCUUUCAGUAUGAUCACGAAGCAUUUCAUUCAGGAGGUCUGUUAAUCACGCAAGUUUGGAAAAUUUGUUCACCACGUUGACUUGUGGUAUUAUGCACCUUACCUCCUACAUCAACCCUGUCGUUGUCUUGUUGUUGUUUUUAUAUUUUAUAUAUAAAAAUGCUUUGCUUCCAUUUUCCUUGCAUGGAAAAGGAGGAGUGGAAAUUGUUCAUGUUGACUUAAAGUGCCAAUUGUAUUAAAGUUAUCAUUUGAAGUCUAAAUUUUCAUAUUAUGGGCCAUGUAUUGUUUACUAUACUUAUUAAAUAAAAAUGUAUUACCAAA